CAUCAAGUCCAUACUCUUCUAUUAUCAACUGGCCUUGGUGCAAAGGUUGGAAUACACCAAAGUAUUAACCAUGAACAAAUUCAACCUCACAUACGCUGAACCCUGACCAUACUAACGGAUGCAGUACAGGAAAAAGACUGCAGCAUGGAUCAAGUUCUAACAGUCCCUGUUCUAAUCGGGAUAUCUAUAGUGGUGAUCACGGUCCUCUUCCUCCUUCUAAAACCAGGAGGCUCUAACGAAGGUCGAAAGCAGAGCAAGUUUCCCAAAACCUUGCAGGACCCCAAUGCCAAAUAUCCAUUGCCACUCAUAGAGAAAGAGGAAAUCACUCAUGACACGAAAAAAUUCCGGUUCGGUCUUCCGUCCUCUUCUCACAUUCUUGGUCUCCCUAUUGGUCAGCAUGUUUACCUGUCUGCAAAGGUGAAUGGGAAUCUGGCUAUUCGUGCAUACACACCUGUGUCCAGCGAUGAGGACCAGGGAUACGUCGAUCUAGUUGUAAAGGUCUACUAUAAAAAUACUCACCCAAACUAUCCCGAUGGAGGCAAGAUGUCUCAGUACUUGAAUGAUAUGAAGAUUGGAGACACCAUUGACUUUAGAGGUCCAAAUGGAUUAUUGGUAUACAAUGGAAAUGGGCAGUUUGCUAUUCGACCUGAUAAAAAAUCUGAAUCCAAAGUAAGGAAGUUCAGACACGUGGGCAUGAUUGCUGGAGGAACAGGCAUCACUCCAAUGCUGCAGCUGAUCAGGAGUAUAACCGCAGAUCCUGCUGACAACACCAAGUGCUCCCUUAUAUUUGCCAACCAGACGGAGGAGGACAUAUUGUUACGCAAAGAGCUGGAAGAAGUUCACAGAAAUCACCCUGAUAAACUCAGUCUGUGGUACACACUGGACAAGCCCUCUGAAGGGUGGAAAUACAGCAAAGGCUUUGUUGAUGCUGACAUGAUAAAAGACCAUCUCCCGCCUCCGGCCAAUGAUGUGCUCAUCGUGAUGUGCGGUCCACCCCCCAUGAUCCAGUACGCCUGUCUGCCAAACCUCGACAAGCUGGGCUACAAAACAGAGAAUACUUUUGCAUACUAAGUCUCCUGCCACUGAUAUUACACAAACUAAUUCUCUGAUAAUUUGUAAAAGGUGGUUUACAUCUUGUUAAACAUGUCAAAUUGUUGCCAGAUGUGGGUUUAAAAAUAGAUCUUUUGGUAAUCCCA